CAGUCUAUCGAACAAAGAAUAAGGCUAACUGAUGACCUAAAAUUCUUCCUCUUAACUGCCCCUGCAAAUUGGCAACAAUACCAAAUAAUCAGAAGAUACUACUUAAACCACGAUGAAGGUUUCAUCUCUUGUGUCUAUUGGAAUGAAUUAUACUAUAUCACCGGUACUGACAUUGUCAAAUGUCUAGUCUAUAGGUUUGAACAAUUUGGUAGGCAAGUCACUGAUCGUAAAAAAUUCGAAGAAGGUGUCUUUUCUGACUUAAGAAACCUCAAAUGUGACACUGACGCAAUUCUUCAACCUCCCAAAUCCGAUUUCUUGCAAUUUCUUUACAAGAAUUCUUGUCUAAGAACACAGAAAAAACAAAAAGUCUUUUUCUGGUUCAAUGUUCCUCAUGAUAAAUUGUUUGCUGAUGCCCUAGAAAGAGACCUAAAAAGAGAAUUCACUGGCCAA